AUGGCUGUCGUCCGAAGAGAGCAUCAAACCGAUACAGUUCCGUCUCUGUUUGCCGAUGAAUCUGUUCUCGUUCUUCACAAUUUUCCCGCCAAUUUUCGCCGGGAAGCGUUGACGGUUAUUACGAAGUUUUCUGAAAAUUUGGAUCCGUUCGUAACUUAUCUCGCAAUUAAUUACAUGGAUCGAUUCUUCUCUACUCAAAAAAUUGUGAAUCAAGAGAAGCCUUGGAUCGUUGGGCUUGUGGCGAUUUCGUGCCUUUCUCUCGCUGUAAAAAUGAAGAUCGACGAUUUAGCUACUCCUAAGUUGCAGGGAUACGAAUGUUCAAUUUACGAUGCAAAAUCAAUUAGUCGAAUGGAGCUCCAAGAUCCAUGCUUAUCAAACGCUAUUAAAGAUCGAGCUUCACAGAUCUUAUUGAGAUCUCCUUGUGAAAAUAAGUUAUUAGAGUUUAGACCAUCAGUGAUUGCAGCAUCUGCUCUUCUUCAUGCAUCUCAAGAUCUCAUCCUUCCUCUUCAACAUUCUCAAUUCAAAGCUGCAAUUUCCUCUUGUAAAUAUCUAAACAAAGAAAGCUUGGAGGAAUGCUUAGGUGUAAUUCGGGACAUGGUAUCGGAUACAAGUGAGUCAAUUAGUGUUGUUGACAAUCAAUGUACAAGCAACGAAAGCGAGAUUUGUACAAGCAUUAAGCGUAGAAAAUUGAACGCGGGUUUUAACAGUAAUCAAUGCAUCAUUCGAUUUUCAAAUGUUCAAAAUCGUUGAACUUGGUCAAAUUCGGAAUCUGUACUAUGCAUUUAGCAAUCAUAUAAAAUAGUUUUUGUACUUAUAAAUUAUCGAACUAUGAAAAUCAAAUGAAAUAUUAACGUAAUAUGUUAGAAAAUUUUAUUGUCGUAAUAAC